CAGAAUUUCUUCUUCUGGGAAUUUCACAGGACCCAGAACUGCAGCCCCUCAUACUGGGGCUUUUCCUCUCCAUGUACCUGAUCACAGUGUUUGGAAACCUGCUCAUCAUCCUGGCCAUCAGCUCAGACUCCCACCUCCACACCCCCAUGUACUUCUUCCUCUCCAACCUGUCCUUUGUAGACAUCUGUUUCACGUCCACCACCAUCCCAAAGAUGCUGUGGAACAUCCAGACCCAGAGCAAAGUCAUCACCUAUGAAGGCUGCAUCACACAGAUCUACUUUUUCUUACUCUUUGCUGCACUGGAAAACUUUCUUCUUGCUGUAAUGGCCUAUGACCGCUUCGUGGCCAUCCGCCGCCCCCUGCACUACACAGUCCUCAUGAACCCCAGGCUCUGUGGACUGCUGGUUCUGGUGUCCUGGAUGAUGAUUGUCUCCUUGUUUUACUGUACAGUGUUAGGAGUGUACCUUAGCUCUGCUGGAACCCACAGCUCACAGUCAAGUGCAACCGCCUCAGUGAUGUACACCGUGGUCACCCCCACGCUGAACCCCUUCAUCUACAGUCUGAGGAACAAAGACAUAAAGAGGGCUCUGAAAAGAAUCAUCAGGGUGCCAGUUAUGUAA